AUGAGCUACUUCCUGUCCUACUGCAAAGCACACUGCACCGCCGUGCUCGCCCAAUACCAGAGCCUGAGAUCAGAGGGCUUUCUCUGUGACAUUUUGCUGAAAGUGAAAGAAAACGAGUUUCCUGCACACAAGUCCUUGUUGGCAUGCUCCAGCGACUACUUCCGAGCCAUGUUCAAAAGCUAUACCCAAGAGUCUAAAGCCAGUGUCAUUCACCUACAAGUUGUCUCACCCACCGGGCUCCAGCACAUCCUGGAUUUCAUUUACACAUCCUUGCUGCCCCUUUCCUUUGAAAGCCUGGAGGAUACCUUGGAAGCUGCAAGCUACUUACAAGUGACUGAUGCUAUCGGCUUGUGCAAUCAGUACUUAGUUAACAAUCUUGCCUUGGAAAACUGCUGCUUCUCUGCCAACGUGGCCAGGAAGUUCUACCUGCCAGAUGCCCUAGCAGCCACAGAAAAAUACAUUAUCAAAAAUAUCUGGAAGCUGCUGGACUUGGAUUUGCCAGGACUUCUCGAGCUGAACUUCAGGUCUUUGCUAGCCGUGAUUCAAUCACCAGAUCUCCCCAUGGUGGAAGAAUGCCGCCUGUUGAAUCUUGUUCUGCUGUGGUUGAAGCACGAUAAAUCCAGGCUGGAUCAUGCAAGCAGCCUUUUAGAGCACAUAAGAUAUGGUCUCAUCCCAGUGGAAGAGCUGAGAAAAACCUACACUCAGUCAGAAGUGUCCCUCUCACCAGGUAUUAAGUGCUCGAUCAUAAAAGCAAUAAAUUAUCACACAUCUGUAUUCAAACAGCCUGUCCUGCAGGAUAAGUCCACCACACUGAGGAACCAGAAAACUCGGAUUAUUCUGCUGGGGGGAGGCACAGCAAGCGAGGGGCUCAUCACCGACGUGGUGGCCUUCGAUGUUUACAAUCACAAAUGGAGAACCCUCACACAGCUGCAGGACAGAGUGCAGAACCACAGUGUGUGUGUGGUGGGGAACUUCCUCUACGUCCUGGGUGGGGAAAUACAAAGUGGUGCCCCGGGAGAUGCUAAAAUUGGACAGACCUUAUUGGUUACAAACAAGGUCCAUCGGUAUGAUCCAAGAUUUAACACAUGGACCCAAAUCACAGGCAUGCUGGAAAAGAGAUGCCAGUUUUCUUGCUGUGUCCUAGGCAAGGAUAUCUUUGCCAUUGGUGGAAGGGGCGAGGACGGAUCGCUGCAUUCAUCUGUGGAAGUCUAUGACAUCAGCAGGGAUAGAUGGACGAAGGCCAGGGAAUUGCCAUGCAGGAUACAUGGCCAUGCCAGUGCUGUUUGCAAGAACACCAUAUACAUCUCUGGGGGCAAGUACUCGGCCCCAGCCAGCACAAGCAAUGACGUUUAUUCUCUGAGCUCACUUGAAGGGCAGUGGGUGAAACGUGCCCCAAUGAGCAUUGCUCGGUUUGGGCAUCAGAUGGCAACAAUCAGGGGAUCCAUAUUCACCUUUCUGGGACUGUAUGAACCUUUCUCUGAAAUAGAAAGGUAUGACCCCGAUCAAAACCAAUGGACUCGGUUAAGACCACUGGUCUACGAUCGAUUCUCCUACGGCCUGGCAGUGGUAGAGGAAACAGCUCUUCUUAUUGGGGGGAAGAAAUGGCAAAACUCGCUGGAGGUGUCCACGCAAGACGUGGUUGGCUAUGACAUUGACAAUGAUGGCUGGGAAGAGAUCUGCAAGGCCCCUCUGCCGUGGUGUGGGCUGCAGUGCGCCGUGCUCCAGCUCUCUGAGGUGCCCGAAGAGCAGGACAGUGACAGCCAGCACAAGAAGCUGCCCAGUUGCUGA